GAGGGUAUGAGCCAUGAUUUGAGGCCACAACAAGAAUGGCAACCCGUCCAAAAUCCGGUGGAGCUCGGCGCAUUUCCGAGCGCUGCCGCUGCCGCCGAUGCGCGGAGGCGAACGCCAUCUGGUAGUGUUGCAAGGAACCGAGCGGAGCACGGGGUGCGAGCCGCGCUGUUAUUGGUGAAGAAAUUCCGCUCACGGACAGCGCACGUUCAACGCCGGCAACGCCGUGCUUUCUGAGUGACGGGGCCAUUGAGGCUAUCGCUUUGAAAUUGAGGGCCCUUAGACCGCCAUGAAUGACCAACAGAAGCCACCGACCAAGGAGAGCAGUGAAAAGAAGGAAUUGACUGGACAGAAGGCCUCCAGCGACACCCUUAUCCUGCCUCCGCCUCCAAGAAAUCGCGGAACCGUGCUAUGCCAGCUAGGUCUCGAUGCGGUGACUACCUUAUGCGUGGUUGGCCUGGUCCUUGUGAUCGCAUUCAAAGUGGCGCCAAUCGGCUACAAGCUGCCAGCUUCGAAGCUGGGCAAUUACAGCCAUUGGGCGGCAGUCACCGACGCAAAGGCGUGUGUAAACGCUUCCAGAUGGAUGUACGACAAAGGCGGUAAUGCGAUCGACGCAGCUGUGGCGACGUUGCUCUGCCACACACUCGCUUUGCCCGUCUCAAACGGCAUCGGCGGAGGCUUCGUGGCGACUAUCUACUUGGCGAAAGAUGACCGAGUGGAAACACUUAUCGCACGGGAAACUGCUCCUGCGGCGGCUACGAAAGACAUGUUUGUUAACAAACCUGGAGCUUCUCUGAGAGGUGGACUGUCGGUUGCUGUCCCGGGAGAACUUCGCGGUUAUGAGGAACUCGUCAGGAAUUACGGCAACAAGACCUUCGGGGAACAUUUUGAAUACUCUAUAAAGCUUGCCAGGGAAGGCAUAAAAGUUACAAAUUAUUUAGCCGCGGCCAUAAAAUUUGAGUACAAGUACCUCAAGGAAACCCCAGCCUUAAAGGACUUGUACUCCAAAAGGGGCACUGACAAUCCUCUCACCGAAGGAGACACGCUGAGAAAUCCUGACCUUGCAAAGACUUACAAGGAACUAAUGGACAAGGGUGUCGACUACUUUUAUAAAGGAGCUUUGGCAGAAAAGAUCGUACAAGCGGUCAGUAAUUCAAAUGGCAUAUUAACGAAGCAAGACCUUAGGGAAUACAAAGUCCGCUGGGCGAAGCCAAUCGAGAGGAAGUUCAGGGAUGGCCGCACAAUGUACUCGGUCCGACCACCGGCUAGCGGUCCGGUACUUGCCUACAUGUUGGGCAUUGUGGAUGAGCUCAGAGAAGGACCAGAUGACGCCCUCAACGAUGACUCUCUGAACUACCACAGGUUCAUCGAGGCUCUUAAGUUCGCAUACGCUAAGAGAGCGCUUCUUGGAGAUGAAACAAAGGAACCAAGCGUCAGAAAGGUGAUAGAAGAGCUUUUAUCGAAAGAAGCGGCCGAAAUGUCCAGAGCCAAGAUUAACGACUCCAAAACUCAUGAUGAUGUCCGUUUCUAUGGAAUGACGAACGCAAAUCGAUGGGAUAGUGGAACUUCCCAUUCUUGCUACUGGGACAAGGACGACAACGUGGUGGCCAUAACGAGCACGGUGAACUACCAUUUCGGUAGCCAAGUGGUGCCCACCGGUACUGGCUUCAUCCUGAACGACCAGAUGUACGACUUCUCUACGCCGGGGUUAAUCAACGAUUACGGCGUUGACCCUUCGCCCGUGAAUUUCAUCGCGCCAAAAAAAAGUCCUCAGUCCUCGAUGGUGCCCACCAUAAUCCUCGACAAGGACGGAAAGCCAGAAAUGUGCGUCGGUGGUUCCGGAGGGUCCCGUAUCACCAGCGGCGUGGCCUUGGUUGCAAUGCGCACACUCUGGCAAGGGAAGAACAUCAAGCAAGCCAUCGAUGAGCCAAGAGUUCACCACCAUUUGCUGCCAGCCGGCCUGGAGGUGGAAGAAUGGUUUCCUCAGAGAUACGUGAGCGAUUUGAAGAAAAAAGGACACAAAAAAUCCAAGCAAUCCAUGCAAACCGUUAUCAGCGGCAUCCACAAGCGAGAUGGCCGACUCUACGCCAACACCGAUUUCAGGAAGGGUAGCACUGUCGACGGGGAGUGAUGCAUAGCAUGCCGUGCUUAACCAGUGCAGAUCCAUGGAAAAUAAAUAUUGUCCCA